UCUCAUGGGCGGCGAACUCGUCUCCAUGCUCGAUCUGGCGGCCCUCCACAUCGAUGAAGAAGAAGAGUUCCGCGCCGACCGCCGCCGCGCUGCUCGCGUCCUAGCCGCGUCGACCGCCGCCCCCGACAUGCUGGCGGCGGAGUACCUGGGGCCCUUCUCCGAGGCGCACGCCACGGCCGUGCUCGAGUUCAGGAACAGCGCGCUGGCCACCAACUCCUCGCUCAACGUGACCGAGGCCGGGUUCGUGCCCGAGCUCUUCUACAGGCACUCGAUGGCGAUGACGGCCGUCUACUGUGUGGCGUAUCUGCUGGUGUUCGCGGUCGGGAUCGUGGGGAACUUCUUUGUUAUCGCGGUGGUGUUCCGCUCGCCGAGGAUGAGGACCGUCACGAACUUCUUUAUUGUUAACUUGGCGGUGGCGGAUAUCUUGGUGAUUGUUUUCUGUCUGCCGGCGACGCUCAUGUCUAACAUCUUCGUGCCGUGGGUACUCGGAUGGUGGAUGUGCAAGACUGUCCCGUAUAUACAGGGUGUUUCAGUAGCUGCUUCAGUGUACAGUCUAAUCGCAGUCUCGUUAGAUAGAUUCCUGGCGAUCUGGUGGCCCUUGAAAUGCCAAAUCACGAAACGACGAGCCCGGAUCAUGAUCAUCUUCAUCUGGUUCAUCGCGCUGACCACGACCAUCCCAUGGGCGAUUUUUUUCGACCUGGUGGUGAUCUUCAGCGACGCUCCAGACGUGCAACUGUGCAUAGAAGUGUGGCCCGAUUCCAUGAACGGAGCUUUGUAUUUUCUCAUCGCGAAUAUGGUCUUCUGCUACAUUUUGCCCAUGAUUUUGAUCACACUUUGCUACGUUUUGAUCUGGAUCAAAGUGUGGAGAAGACACAUCCCGACGGAUACGAAAGACGCCCAAAUGGAACGCAUGCAACAGAAGUCGAAAGUGAAAGUGGUCAAGAUGUUGGUAGCCGUGGUGAUUCUAUUCGUCCUGUCGUGGCUACCUUUGUACGUGAUUUUCGCCCGGAUUAAGCUCGGUGGAGACAUAGAAAGCUGGGAGGAGGAGAUUUUGCCCAUUGCUACACCCAUCGCGCAGUGGCUGGGUGCCUCCAACUCUUGCAUCAACCCGAUUUUGUACGCUUUCUUUAAUAAGAAGUUUCGUCGGGGUUUUGUCGCCAUCAUCAAGAGUAGGAAGUGCUGCGGGAGGUUGCGGUACUACGAAACUGUGGCGAUGAUGAGUUCUUCGACGAGCAUGCGCAAAUCGUCGCAUUUCUACAACAACAACUCGUCGACUCGGAAAAUACCCCUCCAAGACACCGCGGUUUCGUACAUCUACAACAAUACGGGUGUCUAAAGUCCUGGAAAUGGACGCCACCUGGUGGUUUUGGUCUCACUUGGAACGAAUCGUACACGAUUCGAUUUUUUGGACUGAGUUCUGUAAUUGUGUCGAAUGCGAAUUCGGUGUUAAUAUUAAGAAAAUAACGAGGUAGAAGAGGGUAACUGUGGAACAAUAUGGCAGAAAUUUUUGACAGCUUGGUUGAGCUUUAACGAUUAGGAUGCACUAGUGUCUUAAGUUAGAGAUAUUUUUACAUGAGAGACUAGGAUUUACGUUGGUUUGGUGUUAGAGUAGUGCUGUGUCUGAUACAGAGGCGCAGUGGCGGUUUUAAAAGCAGAAAUUUUUAAUUAGAGCGCCGCCACUGUCGUCCACGCUUACACCUAGAUACAACUGCCCUGUUAGAACAAUAUCAGUUUUACGUACACAGUACCUUACUAAAUCUAUUUUAAUGUUAAAUGUAACGUUGACGUUGGAUGUUGUACCGCCGUGACAUCCAUUUUUAAAAUUUUAUCGAUCGUGUGUAUUUACUGUUAAGAGAGCUAAAACGAGGCUAGCGCUGUUUCGACAAUCACCCAAAAUUCACACUAAGUAUACGGACAAUAAAGUAUGCCAAAGUGUAUCAGUAUUCAGGCAAAGAAACCGAGACGGCAAGUCGUUCGACAAUAAUACAGUAAAGCCGUCACUGAAUUUACUCACGCUGCUGUUUCAAAGUUUGCUGCUUCGUUUUUGGCUCUUUGUCACUAGUUCCAGACAGAUGGGAGCAUUGUGAUAUAGUGAUAAUAUAAUGUACAGACUACAGAGUCGGCGCGAUAUUUUGAUAUGGGAAAGGUUUAAUCUGUGUUUCAGGAUUAUUGCAUGUCGUGUUUAGUUACUAGGUUUUGAGGAUUUUUUUGGGAUUUUGGUGUCUUAGACGAAACGAUGGCAGA